AAAAAAAAUCUUGAUACCUUGAAAUGGAGGAAUUAAGUGAGCAAUCUGUAUUUGUUCAAAGUACACAAUCCAUUGACGAAGAUGAGAUUCUUCCGGCAGCAAUUUGUAUUAUGCCACCACGUCCUGGCACAGCACCUAAGCAUUUCCAAGAGUUGCAUAUACCGCGCGAACAAUUGACGCCCGUCCACUAUCCCAUACAGGAGGCACAACGUUGGCUGACCUUAGUGGGUAAGAAUGGGAAAGUCUACCGCUUUCCACUGCCCACGAUACUGCCGAAGGUCAUUCAGACGCGCUUCGUGCCCAAGGGUGAACUGCCCAAGGAUGUGGCCGUGGAUCGCCGCCGUCGACAAUACAGCAAAAUUAAUCUAAUUGAAGAGCUCAAGAAAGCCGGACUCACCGACGAUAUGCUGCAGCCCACCGAGGAGCAAUAUAAUUUGAUGUCUGAAUUUGCCUUUCCGCACAAGUUUCCUCUCAGCUUUUUCGACGACAGCAACUAUGACAUUAGCUCCCCGGCUGCCUGGUUUGAGCUGGGCAUUGUUGGCGAUGUUCAUUAUCCGCUGCCGGCACGCGCCUAUUUGCCCUAUAAUCGAAGUCUGCGCAGCUGUCGUUGGGUUACGGCUGCGGUUACAUUCUACAAUGAGAAAACCGAUCUCUGGACGCUCAUCUCGAUGGAUGAUGAGUGCAGCUACGAGGUGCCCAAGUUGCAGUUCAUGUUCCUAGCCGAGGACCCGCACAAAUACAUCCAGCGUAUCAAGUCGGCUGUGCACGAACGGCACAAGGGCGAGCAACUGAUGCUUAUGGAGCUGAUUGUGGACUGUGUGCUCCAUGACGAUAUUGAAUCGACGACUUUUCAGAGCCUUAAGCCCAUUGAAGCUGUGCUGCAGAAGUCCAAAGUCUCUGAUCAGUGCAAGCGACGUCUGCGCUCCGAGGUGAACAUUGUCUUCGAGCGCCUGAUGGCUCUCUACGAGCUGGAACAGUUCAUCAUACACAUGCCCAAAGAGUUUCCACAGUUCCGCAAUAUUUCGCUCAAGGAGUUUAUGCCAACGGCCGCCCGAGUUGACUUUGCCGAUCACGAGCGACGAGAGCUACAGGCGCUUGAAAUAAAUAUUAAGGAGAAACGCUACGGCUGGCUAAGAACUAGCCUAUUUUAUUGUACCGGCAGCAUCGAGACCAUGAUGGCCGUCGCUAGCCAAUGCCAACACAUCGAGACGCUAACCAUAUUCGUGUGCACCUUCAAUAAGCCGAUGGCUCUGGUUGAUUUUUUGCAGUCGCAAGAGACGCACAGCGAUAGUGUUUCGACCUUUCUGAAGGUCUAUUGGCCGCAGCAGCUGACGACUGUGAUCACAUUGGUGCUGCGUGCCCUGGGCAAGGGCUGGCUGGACAUCUCGCUGAACAAUUGGACUGUCUAUCAGAUGUGCAAGAUUUCUCAAUUCCUUUUGCAGGUGAAGUUUCGCAUGCAGGAGUCAAUGGAGGUGCUGCUGUUCUCCUCGCUGACGAACUUCGCAAAUCUCGUCUGUGAUCCGUGUCAGCAGUUCCUGAACCUGAAGAGCAAUUAUAAGUGGACAAGUAACUUCAUUGAUACGGAAUUUCCCUUUCCAAAGCCCGUCUUUGCACUGACAAUUGGCAUUAAUGAGGAUCGGAAGGUUUUCUACUCCACAAAUCCGGAUGAGUUUCAGCCCUCGUUAAUGGACGUCUUUAAGCGGGGACUGGAGAAGGUGUCGGGUGUGCGGACAAUUGAAGCGGAUGUCAUGAGCUCUUUGAAAUUCGCCCAUAAUCUAUUCGUAUUGACCGUAGAACUGAUCGAGGAUAAAUUCCUAACUCAGCAUGAACUAAUGCGCAAUUGCUAUGCCCAGGCUGUGUUGCCCCUGAAGGCCUACGCCCGCCACUACGAGCGAUUCAUCAACUUUUACUUGCUAAAUGUCAACGAAUUUAUGAAAGACUAUGCAGCUGCGUGCAAGCCCUCGUCACAGGUGAAGUGGGACAUAUUGGAGUACAAGCGACAAAAGGAGGAGAUUCGUCAAAUAUUGCCAGCAUUCAUAACCAUCGGACCAUUCUACGUCAACGUGGACAAUCUGAAGCAGUUCAUGAUCAAGAAGUACAUUGACCUGGUGCGGCGCAUCUUUGAGUAUUACGUGGACCGCAUGUACGAGUCGACUGAUAAUAUCAUUGAUCGUUGCCAGGAGGUGUUCCAUAAGAUCGCCUUGCGACCCAUAAGCAUUGAGCAUCUAUUUGAGAUUCGUGAUUAUGCGCUGACUGUGCCCGAACAGGUUGAACAUCUGCGCGCCGAUAUCCAGGUGCUUUGGCUGGAGUAUGAUCUGCUUGAUAGUUUCUUUUACAAUUUGAGCGAUCAUCAGUUUGCUAUGAAGUGGAACGCCUUUGCCUGGCCAUAUCAGAUUCUUGUGCGUUUGUCUACUUUGAAGGAGGAGCAAAAGAUCGAUAUUGAGGAAUUCUUGCGUCAGCAUUACAGUGAAUGCCAGGUCUUCGAGGAGCGUCUCGAAUCCCUGAAUGACGAAGUCCAAACGUACUCACUCGCCUUCAAUCCCAAUCGAGCGCAGGAGACAUCGGUGGACAUCAAACUUACAUCGGGUGUGAUCAGAGAACUGGAGAAGCUGGGCCAAACUCUGCAAUAUCGUCAAGAGCUCUUCGAGCUGGAGCCACUCUCCACAUCGUUUCUGACCAGCAUCAUGGAGAGCUUUCAGCCCUAUAGAACGCUAUGGUAUGCCUGUGCAAACUUUCAGAAAUUGGAGGAUGCCACCCUGGGCAAUCCCAUUGCACUGAUUGAGCUCGAGGAGGUGUGGAACAAUUUAAUGAAUCUGCGCGGUGAACUCGUCCAAUCGCUGGACAACUUCUCUGAGAAGGCCGAGAUCAUGGAGGUGGCGAAAGUGUUUAUUAAGAAAAUUGAUGAUUUCGUGCCCGUUUACCAAAGCGUCAAGGAUCUGCGUAACGAGAAUUGGAUUUAUUUGCAUUGGAUGGAGCUCAGUCGCGUGAUUGGCACCGAAAUCAAAUACACUGCUUCCAUGAACUAUCAGUAUCUGAUACGCAAGGGUGUGCUCGACUUCUUGCGCGAGGUGCACGAGAUCUCCGAGAGGGCCACCAAUGAUGCUGAAGAAAUCAGACUUGCCUUCGAGGCGGAGGAGAAGCGCAAACAGGACGAGCUGAAUGCGCUGCUGUUGCGCAAACAGAUGCGCAAGUGCCGCAGGGACAUCAUCUGAAAUGGCUACGAGUGCUCCAUGUAUGCAGAUCUGCGAUGUAUUUAUUGACUUUAGUUUACUGUAAUAAAACGCAUUCCAUCCGAGUUAAGUGUGCUUCCAGU